CAUGCGUGGAAAGAUCUCAUCGCCAAAACGUCACCAAAGGUGUUUUUAUAUCGCGUUCUGUCGGAUCCAUCUAACUGAUCCAGGCAAGAAUGUCACCCGCGCAGUUUAAGGUCAGCGUGGGCGCUGUGCGGACAGAAAUAGGCUAUAAUAACACUUUGUGUCCUGGUCUGUGGAAAUAGUCAGGUCAGACCCACUUUCUCCGAGAUUCGGUGCGCAGCGGGGACGCACGCAUCACGGAGGCUGUCCGUCCUUUAGCAGCCCUCCCAUUGGCUGCAGCAGGAUGCUCCGAGGCUUCCCCGUGUCCCCGAUCCUCACAUUCAACCGGAGCCGACGGAGGGUCGUCGCGGAACGAAGCGCAGGGGGGGACCUUCACCUGUAGAUAUUUAACAUGAACCCGUUUUUGGCCAAACCCAAGGAGGAAAAAAAUACACAGAACAUUUGAAGUAGAAAGCUCCGCGCGUCUGAUAUCGCAUCGCUGCCUGGUCCCUGGAAAUAACUUCGUUAUUCCAGUUUUCUUUCUUUCUUUGCUUCUUUUUCUGCGAACGACCCUCGCCCACUCCUCUGGUUUGACGGGAUACUGCAGACUGCAUGGAGGCAUGUCGGCAUGGCUUGCACCAGGAGAACAAAAACUUUGGUGUCCACAUGCGUGAUUCUGAGCGGCAUGACCAACAUUGUUUGUCUGCUCUAUGUCGGAUGGGUCACUAACUACAUCGCCAAUAUUUACAUCAAAGUUCCGAUGCCUUUGCCGGAGAGAAAGUUAGAGGGGGACAAACGAGGCGACACGCUUCGGAUCAUCGAGAGGCUCGAUCGGCUGGAGAAUGUGGUCAACCAGCACAUCCAAGAGACUCCAGCGAGGGGAGAUGACGGUCAGGUGGACACAUCCUUCUCUGACUCUUCGCUGUUCGCUCACUGGGGUCAGGAGCUCAGCCCGGACAACCGGCGGGUGGCGUUGAAGAUGUUCCAGUACUACGGCUAUAACGGAUACCUCAGUGAUCGUCUCUCUUUAGACAGACCAAUACCAGACCUCAGGCCUGAUGGGUGCAGAAACCUCACUUAUCCUUUAAACCUGCCUCAAGUGAGCAUUGUGUUUAUUUUUGUGAAUGAAGCGUUUUCCGUCAUCUUGCGGUCGAUUCACUCUGCCAUCAACAGGACGCCAUCCCACCUUCUCAAGGAGAUCGUCCUUGUCGACGACAACAGCAAUAACAAUGAACUGAAGGAGAAGCUGCAGGAUUUUGUAUCUGAGACAAACAGACAGCAUCCAGGAUUCAUCAAGAUGGUACGUCAUGCCAAGCAGGAAGGUCUCAUCCGUUCCAGAGUGAGCGGGUGGAGGGCUGCUACGGCCCCUGUCGUUGCCCUGUUUGAUGCCCACGUCGAGUUCAACGUUGGUUGGGCUGAACCUAUUUUGGAGAGAAUAAAAGAAGACAGAACCCGCAUAAUCUCCCCAUCGUUUGAUAACAUCAAGUACGACACGUUUGAGAUUGAAGAGUACCCACUGUCUGCCCAGGGCUUUGACUGGGAGCUGUGGUGUCGCUACCUCAAUCCGCCCAAGUCCUGGUGGCAUAAGGGCAAUAAGAGUGCUCCAAUCCAGAGCCCGGCCCUGAUUGGCUGCUUUGUGGUGGAUAGGCUGUACUUUGAAGAGAUUGGUUUGCUGGAUGAGGGGAUGGAGGUGUACGGGGGAGAAAACGUGGAGCUCGGCAUCAGGGUCUGGCAGUGUGGCGGCAGUGUGGAGGUCCUGCCGUGUGCUCGCAUCGCCCACAUAGAGCGCGCUCACAAACCCUACACGGAGGAUCUGACGUCUCACGUGCGGCGAAAUGCGCUGAGAGUCGCAGAAGUGUGGAUGGAUGAGUUUAAAAGCCACGUCUACAUGGCCUGGAAUAUUCCCAUGGAGGACCCGGGCAUCGAUAUUGGCGAUAUCUCCGAGAGGAAGGCUCUGAGGAAGAGGCUGCAGUGUAAAACUUUCCGGUGGUACCUGGUCAACAUCUACCCUGAGAUGAGGAUGUACAGUGACACCACUGCAUAUGGAGUACUGAAGAACUCUCUGAAGAAUGAUCUGUGUCUGGACCAGGGGCCGGAAAAUGAUAAUGUCCCCAUCCUGUAUCUCUGCCACGGGAUGACACCUCAGAAUGUGUACUACACCAGUGCUCAGCAGCUCCACAUCGGGCUCCUCAGUCCAACGGUUGAUGACGACGACAACAAGUGCGUGGUGGACGUGAACGGCAGACCGCGCCUCAUAGAGUGCAGCUACGCCGCCACCAAACGCAUGAAGCUGCACUGGCUCUUCACUCAGGGAGGAUCCAUUCAGAACAGGAAAUCAAAGAGAUGCCUGGAGCUCGUAGUGAGCAGCGACAAUGAGUUUGGCUACCAACUGGCUCUGCAGAAGUGCACUGGACAGAAAUGGUUCAUCACGAACGUGCUGUUUAGCAGCUCCUUAUGAAAGCCCGCUUGAGGGGACACCGCACUGGAGAGAUGAAGCUGUUUCUUUUGUGUGCACAUUUGUGUGAGAAGAGAAGAGCGAUAAGUAGUUGAAUGCGACCCUUUUGAGCACUGCGAUGUCUUCUUAUGAGCUGAGUUGACGUCACAUCAUAAAUGUUAAACAUUUAUUUUGCAUACAGGAGCAGCCAUAGUUGGCAGAUAUUUUGCAGACUUGACAAGGUAGUAUAAGGUAUAUUUUGUGGUAAAUACAGCACAGUCAGAUUUUUUGUUGUAAAAAAUGUAAUGGGUCCAAUAUUUUUUUGUACUUUGUUCAUAAUUGCUACUGUGUAGCAAGUUUUCUGAACCUUUUUUUUGUUGCUGUAAUUAUUUUUAUUUAGUGUCUCAGGUUUGUAGGUUUAUUAUGCGAUUCAGCUGAACAAGUGGGAAAAUAUUGGAAUAAAUCUGAAAAUUAUUAUUUUAUACGUGUAAAUAUGUUGGUCAUUUGUUAUAUAUAACAGUAAAACAAUUGAUGUAAACUA